AAUCAUUAAUCAUAAACUACUAUAAUUAAGUUUGGCAGAAAGAUAUUUUGGGGCCGGGGCAUGGAAGGUGCAGAGGAUAUGAGGAACAAAAGGGUAGUGGUGGCAGUAGACGAAGGAGAAGAGAGUAUGCAGGCGCUGUCGUGGUGUCUCAGCAACCUUCUCACCCAAAUUACUUGCGGCAUAGGCAGCUGCAGCCUCGUUCUCCUCUAUGUCAAACCGCCGCCGCCUGUCUACUCUACACUAGAUCCUACAGGAUACUUUUUUGCUGGGGAUGAUGCCAUUUCAGACAUGAAGAAAUACGGAAGUAACCUGGCGAACUCAGUGAUGAACAAAGCAGAAUCAAUCUGCAGAAAAUUCAAUACCAGUAUAAAAGUGGAAAAGAAAGUAGGGUGUGGAGAAGCAAAGGAUGUGAUAUGCGCAGCAGUGGAAAAUCUUAAAGCAGACAUCUUGGUCAUGGGAACCCACGACUAUGGCUUCUUCAAAAGGGCUUUGGUGGGAAGUGUGAGCGAAUACUGUGCGAAGCAUGUCAAGUGUCCAGUGGUGGUUGUGAAGAGCCAAAAGACGAUGAUCUGAUCUUAUCUGGUCUGAUGAAGAUAGCGCCGCGGCCGCCGCAGAUGCAUGUGAACUCUACUCAUCACGCCCUAGCCAUACGUGUGUGUUACUAUACUUAGUUCACACUUCAUUUAUAUACACUAGCACGCACUAUAUCAACUGUACUAUCAUCUUAAUUAAUUAAUUGCUUCUUAGUUUCUUCCAUUUCAAUUCCUGUAUUAUAUUAUAAAGACACGUACAUAUAUAUCCACCAUAAUCUUCAUUCGAUGUAAGACGUCAUAUCAUGAUAUGAUAUGAUAGAUUGAUAUUUCAAAAAAAGUUUGAGAA